AUGCAUGAGGUGAGAGGCAUGAGCCUUUUCCCCUCUCCGCCUCCCAGCUUUUUUCUCCUCUCCGCCUGCCCCUCAGCCUUUUCCCCCUCCCCGCAUCCCCUUCAGCUUUUCCCCCUUGCAGCCUCCCCUUUCAGCCAGAAAUGCCUGCGCCAGAACGCUCCUGAGCAGCCUGUGCGUCUCGUGGAUGUGUGGGUGAGGGGAAUGCCAGCGCAGUUCACACCGGCCCCUCUUGAGCAUCCACCUGCUUCUUUCUUCCCGCACUCCCCACCACCCAUGAACCAACUCUCCCCCUCCACCUGCCCCUCCUGCCACAGCUCUCUCCCCCGCUCCGUCUCUAUCUGGUGGGGAGGGGAAGUUUACUGGCUGCACGGUGCACACCUGGGGAGGAGAGAGGGGAAAGGAGGGGCAGAGGGGCAAAGGGAGCAGCGCAAGGAUGUGAAGGAUCGCAUGAGGGUUCGGGCAGGCGAGCGUCAAUUCACUAGCACCCGUUCCCCCUCUCAGCCCCCUCCACUUCCCCCUCGGUUCCCCCACUCGCGGCUCCUCUCGCGCCCUUCCUUGCGCCCGCGCUCUUGCCCCUGGCGCGCGCUCUCCCCCAUUCCCUCUCUCCCCCCUUUAACCACCCCUCCGCCUGCCUCUUCUCCCCCAUCUUGCUCUGCAUCCUGCCCCGUUUUCUCCCACCCGGCGCAACGUUUCCGCCAAACUCGAACCACACACGCCCACAUCUUCCCUCUCCCCUCCAUGCGCCUUCCCCUCCCCCUCCGUACGGCCGCCCAUCAUUGCUGGCCCCAUCUGCGCCCUUUCUCCCACUGGCGCGCAAACCUACUUCCGCAGACUCUCGAGGAGGCGGCGGUAGAGUAUAGAGAGGAUGGAGGACAGCGCGAGGAAAUAGUGGAGGGAACGGGGGAAGGCGCAAGGGAACCACAGAGAAGGGGGAUGGAGAGAGGAAAGGGAUUGGAUGAGGAAGGUUAUGGAAACUGCCUACCGUCAGAUGAGAAGCCACCUGCACGCAUGGCAUGUGUGCUGUGCUGCCAUGCCAUGUGCCCCUCACGUGCUGCAUGCCUCCACGCCCAUGUAAGUGGUGGGCUGAGCUUGCCACAUUCGUCUCCUCCCUUCACCUCCCCGUCCUUCUCCUCCCACCCCUCUUCCUUCUUCCCCACCUCUUCCUUCUCCUCACCUACUGCAUCUCCCCCCCUCCCCUCCUCACCACCUUUGCUCCUCUCAGCCCUCGUCAUCUCUUGCUCCUUCCCUUAUCCCUUCCCUUCUCCCGUCUCUCUUCCCUACACGCCCCGUCACGUCUCUUUCCACCCAUCCCGUGCCUCCUGCAUACCUCCCACCAUUGCCAUCGCUCCCAUUCUCCCCAUGCCUCAAACCAUCGCCAUGGGUUUCAUCAAGCCCAAGCCUCCCACCACUCCGUACCACCGCGCGUCUGUUUUCCUCCCCCUCUUCUUCUUCCUCCUCCUCCUCUUCCUCCUCCUCCUCCCCCUCCCCCUCCCCUUCUCCCUUCCCCAACCCCUCCAGGUUCCUCACCUCCUCUCAGGUUCCAUCCCCAUCUCACGUCUCCUGAUUCCCCCCCUCCCUAUAACUCCGCUCCCCUUCCUCCACCCCCACCUCACCCUGGUUCUCGCGCACUCGCCCUUCCCGGUUGGCUUCCACGUGAGCCCCAGCGCAACCCCCCCCCCCCCCCCCCCCCCCCCCCCCCGCCCCCCCUCUUGCCUCUGGCGCAUGAUCUCCCCCGUUCCCUCUCUCUCCCGCCUUUCCCACCUCUCCGCCUGCCUCUUCUCCCCUCCUCUUCUCUCCUGCUCCGCCCCCUGUUCCUCCUCCUCCCGCCCCUCGCCUCGCGUCUGCCAAACUCAAACCACACGCGCCCACAUCCCCCUUUUCCCCUCCCCUCCAUGCACCUCACCUCCCCGCUCCGCCUCCCUUCCACCCCCGCGCGGUCGCCCGUCACUGCUACCCCCAUCUGCGCUCCCCACCCACUGGCGCUCCCUUGGAGGCGGCGGUAGGGGCGCGCGCUCCCUCUUCGCGCCGCUGCCACCGCCGCCGCCGCCGCCGCCACUCCGGCCCGUGCUUCUCACAGCGACACAUGCUGCGUCUGCCGCUUCCGCCGCUGGGAGCCCCGCCUGCGCGCGCAUGCUUGCCCCAACCGCCAUUGCUGCUGCUCCCCGCGCAUAUGCUGCCGCAGCUCUCCGCUAUCGCAAAUUGUUUUUUUGUCACUUUAUCGCCGUGGACAGUCGCUCAAUUGUCGCUAUCCGUCACUCGCGUCGCAGUCCGUCGCUCUCUCAUCGCCGCACGUCGCGCUGUGUCAUCUCUUGUCUGUCGCUCUGA